AUGGUACAUUUGCAUACAGAUGUUUGCGCAAGCCUCGAGAAAGCGGUGGCGAAACUAAGAAUCACUACUUUGCGAGCCAAUUCUACUCCCUUAGAAAGUGUGUUGGAAAUGCGGAAGAAACCUGCUAAAAGGAAAAAUGCGUAA